UGGGAGGACGGUAGAUCAGAACACGGACGCCAAAGAUGUGGUAGUGCGUAGUUGUGACCUCGAUACUGCCACCAAAAAUAAUGGAUCAAGAUGGUGAAAAUAAAAAAGAAGCGAUUAACUCAAAUGAUGAUUCAGCAAAUAUUGAAGAUCUUGAGCUAGAAAACAGGAACAACUUUCUUAACAGUGUGCUUACAGGAGAUGCUGAGAACUUACGCAGGUGUUUUGUAAAUGAACCAAGCCAUGAAAAAAGUAAUGAAUUGUUAAAUAUACAUGAUGACUUUGGCAGAAAUGCUGUCUUUGCAGCUGCCAUCCUGGGUCACUGUGAAGUUAUUCAAGAGUUGGUGUCACAAGGAGCAAAUGUGAAUGAGCAAACUAACAGAGGAUAUACUCCUUUACAUUGUGCUGCUGCAUGGGGGAAGCUGGAGAGCCUAAAAGCUUUGGUGAGCCUUGGAGCUAAUGUUCAAACAAUCAACUUCAGAGAUGAAAAAGCACAAGAUAUAGCUAAGCGAUAUUCAAUUGCCAAUUGUGUAGAGUUUCUAGAUUGGGCAGAAGGCAAAAUGAUUUUGGAAUUGUAUAUUAGUAACAUCCAAGAAACUGUUACUGAUCUUGAAAAAUCACAAGGCAAGCUGUCUAAGCAAGACAGGACUGCCUUUACAAAUGCCUGCAGAGCAAAAUCUGAAUGGCUUCUAACAGCACAGAAUGCUUCCAUAGAGGAAUUUGAGGAACAAAAGAAACAACUGGAGAUGAGUGUGGAACCGAUCAUUACCAAACUAACAACCCAAUCUCCUCAGCCCUCAAAAUCCUCCAAGACCUAACAAAAUCAUCACACUUGGCCAAACACUACAAUCAACAAUGAAGAUAGAGUAAUUAAAAUUUAGAACUUUUUUUAGUCAAUUUAUAUCACUUCACCUUUUGACUUGUGUCACUGCUGCAAUUGAUGGCAGUUCUAUAUUACUACAUUUACGUAUCUUCUAAGUAAAUUUUAUUAUUGAAAUAUAUAGAAUCCAUAUACAACCCUGAGAUUCAUUUUCCUGUGGGCAUACUUAGCAAAUCUAUAGAAUAGUAACUAUAUCUUCAUGCUAUUCUAAAAAUAUAGAAACAUGAUAAAGAACAUUCUGAAGGUCAGCUUUUUACCACAAUUAAAAGCAUUACAUUUUUCAGACAGCUUCUGUGAAAUGGAAAUUUCUACAGAGCAUUCUAAAUGGUUGGAUCACUGGCUGGUAUGGAAGUGCCAAUGCACAGGAUUGGGAAAAAUCUGCAGAGGGUUAUAAACUCAGCCAGCUCCAUCAUGGCCAUUAGCCUCCCCACCAUCGAGGAAAUCUUUAAAAUGCAAUGCCUCAAAUAAACAGCAUCCAUCAUUAAGGCCCCCCACCACCCAGGAUAUUUCUUGGGGAGGAGGUAUUGGAGCUAUAGGAGCUUAAAGAAACACAUUUAACAUUUUGGGAACAGAUUCUUCCCCUCCACAGCAGAUUUCUGCAUGGUCCAUCAAUGUCACCUCACUGUUUUGUUCUUUGUGCAAUACUUAUUUAUUUUUUAUAUUCCUUAUUUACCUUAUAGUGUUUUUUUUUAUGUAUUACACUGUACUGCUGCCGCAAAACAACCAAUCUCACAACACAUGUCCCUGAUAAUAAACCUGAUUUUGAUUCUGAUAGUGGGUUCCACACCUUUCCAUUACAAGUCACAUUGGAAAUAGCACACACUGCAGUUAGUCAGGGAGGGCAUGGCUGUUUGGGUUUGAUGCACCAUCAAUGCAGUAUGUUCCGCACUAUUCCAUUGCAAAUUACAUUGGAAAUAACCACCAUAUAUUGUUGAUCUAUGACCAAUUAGAAUCACUUUUUCUGUGUAUAUACCUUAAAAAGGCUGGUUAAAAAAACUGUACUUUUCUGUUCUUUUAUCAAGAAUUUUGAAUAAAAUUUAGCUUUUUAAUGCAAAUGAGUUACAGCAUAUACAAUUAUUUUUACUAUUUCAAAAUGCGGGCUAGUAUACUGUGUUAUAGUCCAGCUUUUCUCUGGC